GUUGCGAUGAGUGCCUUCAACAGUGCAAACUCGAGUUCAAUGUGUCCUUUUGUUCGAAAAAUGCAAACCUUCUCCUAGAAUGUACACCGUGUAAUUAGACAAACGACAAUGAGAAUCUACAUUAUGCCUUCUAGUGACUCAACAGUACAAACGCACUCGUCCUGAAACAUGAGCCUGCAUAUAUCGAACAGCAUCGGCAUAGAUGUAAUGAUGUGUCUUUCAUAGAAAUCCCGCGACAGACUGGCGCCACGUGCUGUGAGCUUUGAUGACGUGAUACUUUCUAUUCGAUUGCUUCUCGCGGUUCAAUCUUGCAUGCGGGACUUUUAUCAGUUCGGCUGAGAAAGGAUGCUGACCAAACUGGAAAUCCUGCUGCUUGACAAUCCCGGGGGAAUCUACUAUCCCGGACAGGAGCUCAUUGGUGACGUAGUUGUAACGCUCGGGAAAAGCUGUUCAGUGUCUAAAUUGCUGCUUACGAUAAAUGGCGUUGGGAAAACGAAGUUCGCCGAUCGGGAGAGCGGAUCUAAAGGAGUUUUGAAAGGGAAAGAGCGAUACUUAAAUUCAGAGCUGGUGCUUUAUCAACCUCUAGACAAACUCGCAGAAGUCCCCGCAGGAACGUACAGUCAUGGAUUCGCUUGUCAACUACCAGACACCCUUCCCGCUUCGUUCGAAGGAAAAUUCGGCAACAUCCGGUACUGGUUGAAGGCUACUCUUGAGCGACCUUGGCGGCAGGCUAAGAAUUACACGUUUCACUUCCAAGUAGUUCGGCAGCUCGAUUUGAACUACGAGGUCCUAUUGCCGGUGCGAUCCGAACUUACCAAAUCUCUCGGCUAUUGGCCAUGCGUUCCCAGUGGGAUGCUCUACGCAUCGGUUGAACUGUCCACAUCUGGUUUCGUACCGGGCCAGUUCAUUCCAGUGGUGAUUCAAGUCAACAACAAGGGCAACAACAAAAUGACCAGGAUAGUGACCAUGCUGGUUCAGAAAGCGAUCUACAGCGCGAAGCGACCGUUCGUGUAUCAGAAGGUGGAUCGCACGAUCGUCUGUAAGAAUGUGACCCCAGGUAUCCGGUUACCGGAAGGUGGAGUGCUUGCAGCAGAGAACCUCCAGGUGCCUUGGGUGCUUCCCUCGAGCUGUUACUCGUUUGUGGUCCAAAUAGCGUACGAAGUGGCGGUCGAGUUCCAGUUCGACACUUGCUUCUUCAACGCCAACCAAACGGUGCGGGUUCCGGUAACGAUCGGUGUAAUUCCGGCACGGGAUUCCAAUCUAAUCGAAAGCAAAGCCAUACGGGUGUGGACGAGAAACGCGUGAUUGCGCUGAAAAAUUGCCAAGACUAAUCAAAUUCUAAGGACUGUUAGAUACUGAAGCCAAAUUUAAGAGACGUUUAUUGCAUGUUGAUACCUACUAAAGUGUUCCAUUUUCUUCUUGAUUCUAUUCUUGAUGAUUUGAUAAUAAAUGGAAACUAACUCUGAAUCUAUUAAAUGAAUAAAUGCAUGAAUUCAAUACCGU